AGAGAUGUUGGGUACCAUAGAGUGAGGCUGAGAACAGGAAGCGGAGGCAGAAUCAGAGAGGAUUCUGGAAAGGUCUCUGUGUUUUCUUUUCCACUGAGAAUACAGAAAUUAUAAUUAAUUAGUAAAGCUUUGUGGCUGGAAAUCUGGACAAUUUCAGGAGGAAACAUUAUAUUAUCAUAUUAUUUUUGGAUGCUGGGCUUUGCAGUGAUUUGCUGUUCUCUUUCAAUCAGGAAUAAGAAAGAAAAUAAGGACAAAGUAAAAAAAAAAAAGAAAAGAGUCAGAAAUAAAUCUAGUUUCAAUGAGACUAAAUAUCACCAGAAAAUCUCAUCGUAAUCUCAAUGGCUGAAGACUAAAGUUUGCAAGAUGUUGGAAAAAUGUGGCUAUGUGAAUAUGUAAACUUAUCUUUGUCUACUGCAAUUAAUUUUGAGAAGUUCUGGACACAGGAACAAAGAAUGAGAAAGCCGUGAAGAAACUUCAGUCUUAAAGAAGCUUCAGCUCCCAAGGAGAAACUUUUCUUAACAGUUCCAUUUUCUGCUAGAAAUGCAGGCUUUUUCUUUUCACUAUAGCAAAUAAUCUAGUGGCUAAAUUCUGAGAUUUUCCAUUUCUCAGAAACAUAAAGAUUGCUAAAGCCUGAAUUUUGCAAAACAACUUCCAAAAUACAAAGAGAGAGACUUACGAUGAGUCAUUCCUUUAGACGCUUCCUGCUUCUACUCUCUCUGCACUCCUUUCCUCCUCAGGACAGCUGUAGUUUGAGUUGAGGUCAUUCUUAUGCAAGAGGCUAAAAGUAAUUAAAUUUGCAGGAUGAAAAGAUGGCACAGGCACUGUUGGUACCACCAGGACCUGAAAGCUUCCGCUAUUUUACUAGAGAAUCUCUCGCAGCUAUUGAGAAGCGUUCUGCAGAAGAAAAAGCUAAAAAGCCCAAGCAAGAACAUACAGAUGAUGAUGAUGAAAAUUGUCCAAAACCAAACAGUGACUUGGAGGCAGGAAAGACGCUGCCAUUUAUUUAUGGGGACAUACCUCCAGGAAUGGUGUCUGAACCCUUGGAAGACUUGGACCCAUAUUAUAUCAAUCAAAAAGUAGAAAACAGAAUGAAACUUGAACCUACCAGCUGGAGAAUGGAAUCCUAUAGAAGGAGGUAAAGACACUAAUACAGUCA